UGGAAAUAUGUAGCAUACUUGAUGACAGUAGCUUAAGCAAGGGGCUAUAGCAGCACACAGGUAGACUACAAAUGCAUGCUGGGCUGGGCAUGCCCUGAGCUCGGGAAGUGAGCGCUAUUGGAAUCGGGUGAGAAGGCUGACGCUCCAGCCUUUGGAAACUCGCUGCACACUCAAGUCAAAUUGGGCUCGCUCCGUUCACAUUCUGUCCUCUACCCCAACUUCUCUGAAAUACAGCCCAUAGAUUCAAAAGCGAGAUUCAACUCCUAAGUCAGUAAACACAGUGUAUUUACGUCAAUAUUCAGGGACCUAGACUCAUUUGGCGAUUUACACAAAUUGAAUGAUUUAUCUCUUGUAUUCUUGUCAUCCCCGGCAGACCAUCUUGAUUCAAAACAUCUACCGUAACCCCCAAAACAGUGCACAGACGGCCGACGCCUCUCGCUACCAUUGCCCUCUUGAACAUUUACCGUAACCCUCAAAACACUGCCCAGUCUGCCGAUGGUAUACGCUGUGCCGUCAGCGACGUGGAGAUGCAAGAACACUACGACGAGUUCUUUGAGGAAGUCUUCACAGAGAUGGAGGAGAAGUACGGAGAGGUGGAGGAGAUGAACGUGUGUGACAACCUCGGAGACCACCUGGUCGGCAACGUCUAUGUGAAGUUCCGUCGGGAAGAGGAUGCGGAGAAAGCGGUGAUGGACCUGAACAACCGCUGGUUCAACGGUCAGCCUGUCCACUCAGAGCUCUCCCCCGUCACUGACUUCAGGGAAGCCUGCUGUCGGCAGUAUGAGAUGGGAGAGUGCACCAGAGGAGGCUUCUGUAACUUCAUGCACCUGAAACCCAUCUCCAGGGAACUUCGCCGGGACCUGUAUGGACGCCGCAGAAAAGGCAAAGGAGGAGGCGGAGGAGGAGGAGGACACCGCUCUCGCUCGCGAUCCCGGGAAAGGCGUUCUCGCUCCCGAGACCGUGGCCGUGGUGGCGAAGGCGGAAGAGGUGGUGGACGGGACCGCGAGAAACGGAGGUCCAGGGACCGGGAACGUUCUGGAAGGUUUUAAGAUGAGCCACAACCUAAUUAUCCCCCUCUUCCACCCCCUUGUCCCCCUCCUCCUACCUCUCUCUCCCGUGAUGAAAAAUGUGUGUAACAUGUUGGAAUCGUCGUUAAUUUCAUUUCUUUUAUCCCUUUUUUUAAAGACACAAAUACAAGCUUCCGUUGCUUUCUCAAUAAAACAGACUUUGUAGUGA